AUUCUCAUUUGUUGCGACUCUUCUUCUUACCAAACCAUCAACUACCGAAACACCCACGCAUCUUCCUCUUCAAUCUUUUUCCUUUUUUGAAAAUCUUCAACAAACAAAACCUACAAAGAUCAAAUGGUACAAAAAUCAAUCUCAAUUCCAUUUUGGUUUGCAGUUGGAUCAGCUGGAUCUUUGUCUCCUAAAUCUACGGCUAUUGUAGAAAAUAUUUUUCGCUCCAUCGUACGUGAAGAGGUGGAUGCACAGCUUAAAGCUCACUCGGUUGAUGUUGAAGAGGGAAAAGAAGUUGUUGGUAAUGGUGGUGGAUCUGGAGGAACAAACGAGAAUUUGUGGCUAUGUUUGAUGAAUAGGAUUUCAUCCACCAUCUACACUGCAAAUGACAUCGAAGCCGAGAACGGAGAGGAGCUGCGUGUUGAAUUAUUUGAUGGUGAUCACAUCAUUGACGUUACUCAUCCUUUGUCGUCGGCGUUGAUUGAGGUUGUUGUUAUCAAUGGAGAAUUAUUUGACAACGACGAAGCAAUAAAUCACUUGGAUUUCGACACAAGUAUUGUUGUAGCUCAAAGGCCGGGAGAAGGACCUUUGUUGGCUGGUGAUGAUAAAAGGUUUCGGUUACAUAAUGGUGUUUAUUCCAUCACCAAUUUGUCAAUCACUAGAAACACCUUCAGGAGCAGGACUAAGAAGAUUCGUUUGGGAUUCAGGAUAUACGACUCCAACAACAACUACCCCACAAUAAUCCGACCCGCCGUGUCUAACUCUUUUAGAGUGAUGGACAAUCGAAGCCAACUGAACAAGAAACACCAUCCGCCGAGAGGAGAUGAUGAAGUAUGGAGAUUGGAAGGGAUCGGGCGAAAUGGCAAAUAUCACAAGCACCUAACUUCCCAUGGUAUCCUAAAUGUGGAUGGCUUUGUAAAAGCUUAUCGAGAGGACUUUCGUUCUCUAAGAAAGUGCUUAGGGAAUAGACUUUCAGAAAGGAAAUGGAAGGCAAUGGUAAAGCAAGCUCUUCGGUAUGUUCCUAGCAUCAUCCCCACUUCUGAUUCACCAAACUUACAGCAGGAAAAUGCAGGCAUGGAUCAAAAUGAAGUUGUUCUCAACCAAAACAUUGAUGCAAGUAGUGGAAAUUAUGAGUUCCAAUAUGGAACAUUUUUGGGCAGUUUUCAAGACCUUUUCCAUAAUAAUCCCAUAUUUGAAGAUUAUCAUUAAAAUUACACAAUACCAACGUUGCUAUCACAUGGAGAAGCUUCAACUUCAAAUGCCCAAAACAUAAACAAUCAUGUUGAAAAUACCACUACGCCAUGUAACCAAUACUUCCAAUUUGAACAUGUUGGUCCCCAAACUUAAAUGAUGCCAAAUAUAUAUAUACAUGUAUAUGUAUGUAUGUAUGUAUGUGACCAUUAACAUCAUGCUAUUUUAAUUUCUUUUUAAAGAAAUUGCUUUUUCAAAGAAAAAAAAUAUCAAAAUUGAGUCAAGGCAAAUUUGUAAGAUACCAAAUGUUCAUGUAAUGUGUCAACCCUACUUAUUGUCUAAUAUAUGUUUGCUUUUAGUUUAGGGUACAAGGAAAAUGCUAAGAAUGUUUUGAUGUAUGUAUGGAUCCUUUUAUACUUUAAUAUCUUAUCACAUAAUUAAAGUUUUAAUAUCAUUUCCGUAAUUUUCUUUACGGGUUGUUCUAAAAAUUAAUGAA